CCAAUCAGGCAACCUCAGUGUCACCAGUCUGUCCGGCGGCCGACCCUCUCCGGCGUGCAUCUCCGGCGGCAACUUGCUGUGGACCGCUCAGGCGGGCAGCUACGUCGGCAGCUCCGGCUGGAUGCGGUUGCUGGCAGCCUAGCGUGCGAUGCAGGUAGCGGUGGACCGCUCCGGCGGGCAGCUCCGGCAGGAUGCGGUGGCGGGCAGCCUAGCGGCCCGGCUCCAGCGCCUCUGUCAGCCCCUACCCCGGCUCCGACGGCUUGCGGCCCCAAAUCUGCCACCUACUGCAUGCCUGCGGUUGCUUAGAGAUGGACAGGACUUGGAUUCAUGCUACUCGGUUCAGCGAUGCCUUCAGCAAUGGCGUUGAUCAGUUUAUGUCUUUUGUUCAAGAUAGGUUCAGUGAGAAUGAUGCUAUACUUUGCCCAUGGCGCAAUUGUCUGAACCAGUCUUCACGGAGUCAGAAAGAUGUGCAUGACCAUAUCUAUGUUUUUGGGAUGUCAACUACGUAUACUCGGUGGGUGCACCAUGGUGAAGCUUUUGAUGUUGAGAUAAUGGAAUAUGCAGGGGAUGCAAAUGAACCUGAUGAUCUAGGUAAUGUUGUGGAUGUGGACGAGCUCGGCAAUGAGAAUGACGGCACGGCAGAGAUGCUUGAAGACCUAUACACAACUGUAGAAGAAGAUGGAGGAAAGCCAAUGUUUGUGAAAGUUCUUGAAGAUGCAAAACAUGCUCUGAGCCCAGGUUUAGUUCAUUUAGGUUCUCUUUUCUAGUUAGAAUGCUACAUAUCAAGUCAUUCUACAGGAUAAGCAACACAGCUUUCAGUGCACUAUUGAAGUUAUUGUCAGAAUCAUUCCCUAACUGUGUUCUUCCAGAUUCAUAUGAGAAAAGCAAAGAAGUAUCUCAAAGAACUGGGCCUUGGAUAUGAGUUAAUCCAUGUUUGUGAGAAUAAUUGUGUGUUGUUUCGGAACGAUUUUGCCAAACUUUACAACUGCCCGAAAUGCAAGGAAUCUAGGUGGGUAGAUGGAGAUGGUCUCAAACAGGUUCCUAAAAAGGUUUUGAGAUAUUUUCCUAUUAUACCCAGGCUGAAGAGGAUGUUUGCAAAUAAAGCAACAUCUGAGGAGACCCGGUGGCACAAGGAUAAGCGGUUUCAGUGGAAAAUGAAAUGAGCCAUCCAGUGGAUGGAGAAGCCUGGAAACACUUUGAUAAAGUGUAUCCAAGCUUUGCUGGAGAUGCAAGAAACUUGAGGCUUGGUUUAGCUACAGAUGGUUUCAAUCCUUUCGGGAACAUGAACACAACAUAUAGCAUGUGGCCUGUACUUGUCAAGGUAUAUAAUCUACCUCCAUGGUCAUGCACUGACUCAUCCAACUGCAUCAUGGCAUUGCUCAUCCCAGGACCAAAGUCUCCAGGCAAAGACUUUGACAUAUUCUUAGAACCUCUCAUUGAGGAUUUGUUAAAACUCUGGGAGGGUGUCAGAACUUAUGAUGCAUUCACUGGUUCAAAAUUUGACCUUCGCGUUGCAGUACUAUAGUGCAUUCAUGAUUAUCCAGCUUUGGGUGUCUUGUCAGGCAGAAUUACUAAAGGUUACUAUGCAUGUAUUUAUUGCAACAGAGAUCCAUUGUCAAAGAGUUUAAGGAACAAGAUAUGUUACAUUGGUAACCGUCGCUACCUUCCAAAAAAUCACAAGUGGCGAAGAAGCUUGACCUUUGAUGGACACCAUGAAUACAAGGGUGAGCCACAGAAGUUGAGUUUGGAGGAGACAUUGGAGUGUCUAGAGAAGGUAAAAGAUAUUACUCCUGGUAAGCCUGAUGGUAGCAAGAAAAGGAAGUGUGGACAGAAGGACCAUAAGCCAAAAUUGUUUAGCCGAAAGUCUGCUCUUUGGAAACUGCCAUAUUGGCAACACUUGAAGCUGCCACAUAAUCUUGACAUGAUGCAUAUAGAGAAGAACAUAUGUGAUGCCCUUCUUGGGAUAAUACUCCGUCUUGAGGGCAAGAAUAAGGAUACAGUUAAUGCAAGACUUGAUUUGCAGGAUAUGGGCAUAAGACAUGAAUUGCAUUUAGAACAAGAUGAUGAAAAUUCAGUUUCCAUUCCAGCAGCAUGGUAUGCCAUGGAUAAAGAAGAAAGGGCUGCAUUUUGUGGAUUUCUAAGGAGCAUUCGUUUUCCAUAUGGAUACGCUUCCAUCCUGACAAGAUGCAUAAGUGCAGAUGGUUCCAAGGUGCAGGGCCUCAAAACCCUUGAUUGCCACAUCAUGCUCGAAAGAAUUUUACCCGUCGGUCUCCGGGGACUAGUGCACAAGGACAUAUAUGAAGCAGUUGUUGAGUUGGGAAAUUUUUUUCGUGAGCAUUUCUGUAGAAAACUAAAGGUUGAUGUAAUCAAACGUCUCAAAGCUGAAAUCCCUCUGAUCCUGUGCAAGCUAGAGAAAAUAUUUCCUCCUGCCUUUUUUGAUAUGAUGGUCCACUUGGCUAUCCACCUUCCUGAUGAAGCACUAUUAAGAGGUCCUGUGCAAUAUGGAUGGAUGUACCCUAUGGAACACCAAAUGGGCACUUUGAAAGGGAAUGUGAGGAAUAGGGCUAGACCUGAAGGAUCCAUCGCUGAGGCGUACAUAGCUAAUGAGGCAUUGACCUUUUGUUCAAGGUACAUGGAAGAUGUUGUCACUAGAUUUAAUCGGGAUGAUGACAAAUUGGAGGGAGCAUCAGAUGGUGACCUGUCCAUCUUCCAGCAUGGUGUUAAGCUCUUGGGAGCCAAUAGGCAGAUAUACCUUGAAGACAAAGAAUUUGACAAGCUAUGUUGGUAUGUGCUAAACAACUGUGAUGAGGUAGAGCCAUAUUUAAGUGAGUUUAGAGAAGAGUUAGAGAAAGAAGGUGGCCAUGAUGUUGACAAUAGGUUGGAGAAGGAAUUUCCUGCUUGGUUUAGGAGUCAUAUCAAGAUGCUGUGGAAAGACAAUCGUGAAGAGGUUAGUGAAGGGCUAUAUGCAUUAUCAUGUCGUCCUGAUCUUAGAGUGAGAUUGUGGGCAUCAUGCAGUGUCAAUGGUGUUCGGUACAACACUACUGACCGUGAAAGACAUAGGCAGACACAAAAUAGUGGUGUGCUGGUGGAUGGAACACAUAAUGGAGUGCCGACGGAAUUUUAUGGUCAGCUCAAAGAGAUAGUUGAGCUGAGCUAUAACUCUGAUUUGGAAUUCAUUCGAACCGUUGUACUUUUUCGGUGUGAGUGGUUCAGUCAAGAUGGCAAAGCUAGAACCAUUAGAGAUGAUGGUCAUUUCAGAUCAAUCAAUAUUGAGAGGUUUUGGUACAAGUCAGAUUCAUUCAUAUUAGCAACUCAGUCGAGAAAGGUAUUCUAUGUGCAGGAUACACUACAUGGGGAAAACUGGCGUGUUGUCCAAAAGUUUGAGCAUAGGAGCAUGUAUGAUGUCAAUGAAAAAGAAUUGACUACCGUUCACCAAGAUGAGACUGGAUCUGAUAAUGAAUUUGGGGUGCAAGAUGAUGUCAAUGAUGUCUUAGAUGAGCCUGCACCAGUCCACCAACGUUUAAAUGGAGAAAAAACUACUGUUGGUGGUAACUUACAGGUGCUCAUCAAUUCAAGGGAAGAAGAACUUUCAGAAAACAGGACUCUGAAGGUUGUGAAGAUGACACUAUCUUAGAGUACUUUAGUGACAAUGAUAGGGAUCCCAUGGAAUGUAAUGAUGAUGAUUAGGCUAACUCAGAUUUGUAGCUGUCUUUUUUGUGAUGUUGAUGGAGUUGUAAAAGAGGAGCACAAACAGUGCCUUUUCACUGUCAUUCUAUGAAACUCAGUUCAUACAUUCAGCUUUAAUAUAUUCAGAUGUAUACAUUCA